AGCCGGGACAAAAGGAUGAGUACAGGUUCAGUAUCCAGCAAUCAUUCAGCACCCUUGGAGCCGACAGAGCUGGGAUGGAAGGAGGGCCACAUUCUGAAAGGCCUAAAGCGUCUCCAAAUGUCCAGCUCAAAAGAAGCUUCCGCAAAUGCAUCUGUACCAGACUGCAAAGACUGUAUGACCUCUAAUGAAGGCAUAUACUCACUUGGUGUAAAGUGUGCCCCGCAAGUGGCUACAGCUAAACAAGUAGCUCCUUCGAGUAAAUCUUUGAAGGGUGAAGAAAGGAUUGCUGUUCCUGACUCUGACGAUGCAGAUGAUGAGUCAUCUAAAUUACGAAGUGGGGACUCCAGUGAGCAACCAACACAGGAGCUUCUGUGCUUAGAGAAACCGGAUGUCACAAAAAACGAUGAUGGCAAUUUGCUAGAAGACUCAGCAAAACUUAAUGGAAAUUCUGGUGUUUUUCCCUCACCAGUGACAGACAACUUUUCAUUUUUGGUGGGGCCCACAAUAAAACCUGGAUUAAGCCCAACAGACAAGAAUAAAGAUUCACUUGAAAAACACAAAGCAUCAGACAUGAAAUCCAGUGACAGAAAUAAUAACCAAGAAAAGUCUACUGACCGUAAAUCCAGACUUGAUCACGUCAAAAGACAACAGAGCAGACCUGCUAUCAAGCAAAUGGAUGGAGGAACAAGUGAUAUGAGCUCAUCUAUACCACAUACUGCAACCAGAGCUCUUAGCUGUGUGAAUGACGCUAGACAGCGCAGCUCCUCAGUGGAGGUUGAUCAUUGCAGAGACAAGGCAAAUAAAGUAGGCAGUGAGACCCAGGACAUCUCAAGCUCAGAAUCUCCACAAAGGAAACUGAAACUUCAGCCAUGGGAUUCAGCAAGAAAGGCUUUCAUUCUGAGGAGCAAGAGUGCAGAUGGAGGACCAGAGCAAGCUAAGCACACACAUUCACCUCUCCACCAAAAACUUAUAAAGGGUAACAGGUCCAAAGGACAGCCAAAUCCUGGUGGGCAUAGUGUUACUAGUAAAAGAACAAAUCUUAGUAAAACACAAGGAUCAAGCAAAGGUGCAUUAUCUAAAAUUGAGAACAAUGAGGAUAUUGUCGUAUCAACAAGUUCCAAGUCGCUUGAAAGUGAACAGCAGUUCUCUCCCGUUGCUUCCCCUGUGAAAUAUUCAACGACAUUUAAGACUCCAGGAAUCAAUGAAUGCUCUGAAAACCCAACAACAUUUUCUCUCCAAGCCACAAGAACUCAAUCAAGCAACAACUGUGUGGAAGAGAACAUAUAUGAUAACUUACCCUGCUCCCCACUAAAACAACGACGCCAAGACCAGCACUGUGAUGUUUCCCUUUCAGAAUAUAGGUCCCCACCCCCUCCUUUACCCCCAGGUCGAACCACCUCUCUUCUUCUUAGACCCACUUGCGACUCUUUACCCGAAGCUCAUAAAUCUGUAGGUCAGUGCUCUACUACUGGGAAGACAACAUCAAGCAACACCAAGCCAAAAUCACAUCAGCUUUGUUCUGCUUUACAGCCUCAACAAUCCAGUGCAACAAAAGACAAUCGACAAACAGCUCCACAAAUUGGUGCUGAAGGUAUCCCCUCUAAGCUCUACCAUACCCAUUCAUCGAAGACAACACAUGUCCAAGUUGAAGAAUCUCAAACUUCAGACUCAAGACAGUUUCCAAUGGACAGAGCUGCCCCACACUAUGAUGAAAAUAUUGCACCCUCAAUCAUGCCAAAUCAGAGCAUCUUACAAAGAUCCCACCAGAGUAGUAGUGAGCCAAAACUUUCAGAAGUCUUGCCUCAGGUAUAUUCUAAUGUUUACUACCAUGGGAUUUCCAAUAAUUCUCACAGUUCCACUUCAAGAGGUGGUAGAAUGGCUCUCCCUGUAAAUGCUAAAUCGAAUGAGGCAAUCGCAGGACAGGAAACCAGUACCUUCCUCAUAUUCGGAAGACAGAACAAAGAUGAUACAAACUCGAUUACAAAAAGUGUCCAGACAUUUCAGACUUUUAUGUGUGAUCCCCAGAUGAAACAUGACUGUGGUGCUCGUGAAAGAACGCGCAGAAAGAUUGAAACCCGCUGUAACUCACUGGACUCGGAGCCCUGUGCUCAACCUGUUGCAUCAGACAGUGGUGUGAUGUUAGACUGGGGUUUUGAUGAAGAAGGUUGGCUCUUUAAACGGUCAGUGUCAGUGUCAACCAGACCUCUCCUUAAACCAGUAAUGGGCAUGAAUGGGGCCAAGGCCCGUAGCCAGAGUUUCGGUGCACGCUACAUGGAUAGGCCAAGCUUCAACAGAUCUGGAAAGGUCCGGACACAGAUCAAAACACACUCAGGGAGUUCCUUAAAUUCUCUUGGUGAUGUCCUUCCAGGAAGUAUGAGUUGCUCUAGCAGCUACCAUUGUCCAAUGAAUCGAUCCCUUUUGAACAACUUCUUGAUUGAAGAGGGUUUGACGGUUCCCUCAUAUUUGGGGUCCUCCAGUGAAAGACUCCAAAGCCUGAAACUCCAGCGAGAGCAGGCAAGGCGCAUUCAGAUUGAGCAACAGUUUUCAAGUGCUUUUGGUGAGCCAGUCUCUGAGGAACCAGAAAGACAAAGUUCAAUAACCACAAUCGAAGAGAAAGUGAUGCUCGGCAUAGAGGAGAACUUACACAAGUGUCAAGAACAGGAGCGAACCAUAGAAGUGAAACAAAAACCUGGUCCAACUCUGGCAAAUUGGUUUGGUUUUCGUAAAAGUAAGCUUCCUGCACCAAGCAGCAAGAAGACUGAUCCACCAAAAGUAAAAGAAGACAAGAGAGAGCAAAAGAUUACAUCACUUCUCGGAGGAAAGCAGGCAAAGUCUGACAAAAAGAGAGACAGAAGAAAAAGUGAUGGAAAAGACUGCUCCGUGGGUAGAAGAGAGUCUCACGAUGCAGUGAGAGCAUGCAUAUCAAUGCCCUGCCCAGGAAUGUCCCUGAAUGAGAUACAAGGACAUGCUGACAUCAUUGGGGACCCAAAGAUACAGAUUAUGAGCAGGAGAGCUGAUAGUGAAAAUGGAUCCACUUUGAAGACCCCCAACCAGGCUGCAGUAACAGGCUCCGGCUGUAAGAUGCGAACGUUGGACAGUGGGAUUGGGACCAUCCCUCUUCCUGAAUCCUGUUCCUUCUUCUCCUCCAUCCUGCACCUCCUCCCCAAAUCCUCAUCAACCCCAGACCAGUCCCUCAGUCCUCCCAGUGCCCCCGGUUCCUCCAGCGAGGACGUGUCUCCCUCCCCAUUACCCCGGUGGAGAAUACCCUCCAGCUUUAAGGACAGCAGCCAUGCAGGGGUUCUAAACUCCCUGUCUGACUCCUCCAUGACCCAUAUCCAGUCAGUGCCUUUCCCCACUGUGGCCUUCCUGCAGCCCAUCCAACCCCAGUGUGCACCUAUUGUGACCUCUGCCAGUGUGUGUGAUCCCCAGAGCAGGCUCCCCAGACCACCCCAAGGUGGAAUGGAACCAAAGAAGUUAACCUAUAUCAAAUCGAACACACGAGCCACCCCGAGCCAACAGAAAGAGCAGACGAGACUUCAGCUUGCCAACUAGUUCCUGAGGCUAAAGGAGUCAAACUAGAAACGGGGAGUCGAAUUUUCACUUGGAUUUAUCACAACUCACAUGGAGGAUCCUUAAGUCCCACAGUGUGGACACUGUGUCUGUGUAUGAGGAUGAAACCCUCGGAACUUGGCACUGCAGGCUUCCACAUGCUUGGUGUUGAGUUGAGAUCCUCAGCAGCUCUUGAUGUGUAAUAAUGAAAACUUUGGCAGCCAUUUUGGAGAUCUGCAGCUCAUCGGCUUCAGCUUCUAAACGUUCAACUCUACUGAAUCACUAGUUACAUUGACAUGGUUCAUUUUUUUUUCAUCUGACAACAUGCAAUUUUAAAUACAUGAUACAAUCACAUUUUAACUGCAAUGGUAGGUUAGUUUCUAUGUCUCUAUGCUACCAGAUGUCUCAUUACCAACUUAUAAAUACAUCUGAGUUGCACAUUAGCUGAUGUAAGUGGCUGUGCACAUUAACUGACCUACAACAAGUGAAGCUUUAAAUGUGCGGGUCUGAUCGGAAAUCAACCUUGCGUAACCCUGACUUACUAAAUGCCUCUACUGCAACACACAACUUUCAUUGUUAAAAACGUAUAUUCUCAUGUUAAAAUGUGUUAUCAUACUGUGUGACAGUAUGCAACUGGCACAGCAAUGCUGUUGCAACCCUGUCACCUUACAAAUUACAUAUAUAUAACUUACUUUGUCUGGCUAUUUUGGAGAAAUUAUAAAACUGCUUGAAUUGUGUAUUUCUUUUUUCCAAAAAAAAAAACUGUGGGACUUCAUUACUAGACUGUCUAUUAUUCUGUAUUACACACACAGACACACACAAAAGACACACAUGUUGCUCCCACAUACUAUAUGGCCUUAUAAAGAUGUGUCAGCAAACAAUUAUCCACCUUCAUAUCCAGCAGUCACAGAGGAACAGUAGCUUCUCAUUGAUAUGUGUCAUUGAUUCUGACACAGAACAAUGUUCUCUCUGUUCUGGUCUCCAGAUGUUAGGAAACAGUGUCGGCUCUUUGACUUGCCGGAUGGACGACUGCAUCAACCAGCUGCUUGUAACUUUGUCCUUUGGUACGAGCAGUUGCGUUUUGUGAAUGAUGCUAAACCACUAUUUAAAAGUGGUUGUUACAUCACAGUGUCACUUGACUACAUUUGAUUAAUGCAGGUUUACAUGAUAGUUUACAAGCGCAGACAGUUUGCUACCAGACCUCUCUAAGGGCGCCAGCUGUCGAGAGUAGUGACUCCACUAAAACCCUGCAGGUUAUGUAGCUCAUUCAUUUACAGUUUUCAGCCACAUGUGAAGUUCUAGUCUCGAAUAAUUCUGUCACUGAUAUGUUUUGGAGCAAAGCAGCAGAUGGAAACUUUUAAUGUCAAGAUUACAAACUAUGCUUUCCUGAAAAUAUCCGGAGCUAUCUUAUGUACAGCAUUUACUCCUGAUUUCCAUUCAGGAGUUCUGCACCUGGCUGCGUAUUAUGACUCCUUUAAGUCUGCACUAACUUGUUGGAAGCUUUUUUUAUUGUUACAUUGUUUAUAUGAACUUGCAUGCAACCACUCUCUGGAUUAUUCAAACCUACAAAUGCAUCAUAUGAAUCUGAUGUACAUCAUCAUACGCAUCAGAGUUUCUUCACAAGAGGUGGAAUAAACCGACGUGUUAAAUGUGAUGUGCACUGUUAAAUAUUUAUGUAAUAAGACACAAUAUCAUCUAAUGUGAGACCGGCUUUCACACCUGCACCUUGAUAUUUUGAAAAAAUCUCCUCUUAAAAUGAAACUUCAUAUGUGCACUAUAUUCAGCUUUUUUUCUUACAUUUUCCCACAGUUAUGACAUCGAGACCGACCAGUUGGUUUUGCAUUUAACGUUAGCUUUAAAGCACCUAGUAGGCACACAGUGGACGCUGUUGUGCUCGCUCAGGGAAAAAACUAACAACGAGUGUCUAGGAUAGAUGCUGUGGAUUAACACAUACAAUUAUGUCACUGCAACCAUCAGAUUUCACUGUGGUUGAAGAUAUUUACUUGUCCUCUUGUCUGUUUUUGUCUGUACAUUGACCUGUUACAUGUCGCACCACGGUUGCUCAGUUUUUCUAUCUCUUAUGUAUGCUGUGCCCUUUAUGGUAAUGUUUUCGGUGUCAUGAAUGCAUCUCAACAUAUUUGACAGUCCUAGCUACUUUACGAUGUUUCCCUCUCACACCUUUGUCAGCUCCCAAACUUUCAUGUGUAGAUAUUUGUGAAAAUGCAUAUUGCCAAACACUGCUCUGAGCUAAUCGCGUAUACAGAAAAUGAAUGCAACUAAAUCUACAUAUCAGACUUAUCAUGGUGAUUAUAGCCAUAUUCUUCAACACACUAGAGACAGUUUACAUGUGAUGUAGAACUAUAAAGCACUGGAACAUUGCACAAUGCCAUUAGUCAUGCCAUCUUACUGUAUUUACCUCUUCUUUAACCUGCUUCAUGUAUAUAUGUGAGGUAAUAUUUGUAAAAUAGCAGUAGUGUUAAUGCCAAUAGAAGCACACCGCCCUAUUAAAUGAAAUAUGUAGCGUGCACAGGUGAUACAAGGUUUAAUGGAUCAGGGAACAGAUUGGCUGCACCGAUACGGGUAGAUGGAGCAUGAUGUCUGUUUUUAAAGUGGCUCAUAUAAUAAAGAGCAUUACUCUCAAAAGAGUAUUGUAUUUUUCUACAUGUACUCUAACGCCCUGUAUUUGUACUAAGCACUUAAGAGUGUAAUUUAACCAUUUAGUGCACAUAAUGUUACUCACUCUAACAGUAAUUCUCCCUCUAAAUGUUUUUUUUCAGUACACUAUAUGAAGUUCCUGUGUGAUGGUCACCUUAGCAGUAUGAAUUGAGAACUGUAUAUUACUGAUAUUCCUUGUUUUAUGUCAAAAAAGAAAGAGAAAUAAACCAUUUUAAC